UUUUUUUUUUUAUUUUCCUUCUUUUUUUUCUUUUUUUUUAAAUUCACAAGCACAGCUUUUUACUCCUCACACAGUAGGAAUUUGUCAGGGGCUUGCUGGCAUUAAUAGACUAUUUCAGCUCUUUUCUAUGGCCCAGCAGCUAUAGAGGAGGGGAAAAAGCAUGCUUUGUAUGGAGCUGUGGUUGGAGCUGUGCUGCAGUGCCCAUCUGAAGUUGGCUGGGUCUAUUUUGCCAGCUUUUGCCUCCCUCUGGUAGGUGCUGGUCCCUUCCUAAACACAUGACAUCCCACUGUAUGAUUCCUGUGCUUGGAUCAGGGUUGUGGCUGCUCCUGACCUGAACCUUCUUUUCAUGGUUUUGCUUCUCGAGCUCUUCACAAGAUACCUUUGGGUUUCAGUUUUUUGUCUGGCUUUUAUCUUUUACUUCUCAGUUGAUCCCCAAAGGAGUAGGACUAGCACAAAACAUGUGGUGUUUCUAACCAGGGAUACAUGGGAGGGAGUUCUAGCUCUUGAAAAAGUGAGUGGCAUUCUUGAAAUGGUGUGGUUGCGUUUAUUUGGGUGUGGAUAUAAUCAUGUUUUUUGUGAUACAGCUCCUGCUGAGUCUGAAAUGCUAGUGUCAGUAAAGCCAGAAGGAAAGCCAGACAAAAGCUUGGAGAAAAGUCAGGAUUUCAGUGCCUCUUACUGAUGGUUCAUGGGAAAGUAACGAUUUUGUGUUUGAUUUUCCCAAAGCACUAGGCACAUGCUUUUUUUUUUUUUUCCCCUCUGUGAAUUACUGUUUGUGAAAAUGUAUUUUACAGCUCACAAAACAUCAGAAACAGCUGAUUUUUGUGCCUAGGUUUUGCUCGUAGGGGUAGGUCCUUGUUACAGACCCUGGGUAGUCUAAUGAAAGUGGUGUUUAACUACAGAGUUUCAAUUUCUGCUGAUCAUGGCAGCCUGACUCCUGGUAUUCCUGAAUUCCUGGAGCUGAGGACAUGCUCUCAUCCCCCUGCUCUGCCAGUGCAAUGCCUCCUCCAUCUUCUCCACCCGACACGUUUCUUAGCCUUGUGUAGAACUCAGCAGAGAUUUCUCCAUGAGGACUGGAAUGUGUUUAUAUAAUAUUUUAUAUAUUAUUUUAGGCUCCUGCUACUCAAAUGUAGGCAAAUGAUUAACCUCUCCAUCACCAUCAGUAGACGAAUCGUGGAAUUGCUGUAGCAGAAAGUCAAAUAAGAUGGGUCUAAACCGGCUUCUGUUUUUUCCUGCCUGGAAAAUUCAUCCUUCGUGGCUUUCUCAGCAAGUGUGGCUACCAAGAGCAGCUUUUCCAGGCCAGGAGUGUUUAGUGGGAGCACUGAGCUGGAACCACACUGGUCAAGCACUGGUUGGUGUGUAGGUUGGGGCUCUUCUGUGUGGGAGGUGUUGGGAGGGGGUUGAUGUGAGAGGCUCCAUCUCUGCAAAAGCAGGGGUAGGGCAGCAGCAGGAACACUGGGCAAAGCUGCUGAAAAGGAGAGAACAACCUGCUGCACUAAAUCACAGAUCCCCUGGGGACACAGCUCUAUGUUUAGCAUCCUCAAAUGGCAUUCCUUUAUUACGGCAUCAUUGAGCGUGGUCCUCUAGAGAGGAAGCAAACGGUCUCUAAAACAAUCUGCUGGCAACUCGGGCUGGAGCAUUUGAGGUUUUCCAGGGCUCUUCUGCUGUGUCACUCUUCCCUUUAAUGUUCCAGCUCGAAGGUUGUUGUUCUUUUGCCAUCAGAGUCCGUUAAGGCGCCGGUAAGAGUAUCUGCUCCAAGGACAAGGUGUAGAAGGCAGUGAGAACAAGAGAUACUGCAGAGCAGUGUUGUUUUUGGUGUAAUCUGCCUUAUCAGCAUGUGAUGCAAAGACAGGGCAGUUUUCACAGGACUUGGAGGCUGCGUGGUGACAUGUUUUCUGUCCUUUAUGAAAUCCACCACGUUAUUUUGAUUAGAACACUAACGUAACUCCUGGCAGCCUCAAAUCUUACUGCCAGCAGCUAUUUCCCUCCAAAGCCCGGUGCAGUGCUAACAAGCAGAAGGAUCUCGUGUGUCCUGUUUACGAGGAGCUCUGCAGACGGAGGUGUUCCGUGGGAGGUAACAAGGUAGCGCUGUAGCCGUGUAUAAAAGGUGGAAAAAUGUUGUGUGUGCAGACAGGCUGUUGUGUUAAUUUGUGUUUGAUGGUGUUCAGAAACUCCAGCUGCAAUAACGGCAUGAUGACGUUAAGUUCUUUUAUAUCUAAACAUAUAUAUUUUGUAUCUGUGCAUGCACAUAUGUGUAUAUAUAUCUUUUGUCUCGUGGGAAAGUCCGUGUUUGGAUCAUCGGUGCUUCAGCUGCUGCUGUACUUGAAUGUGAUUUCCUUAUGUUUGUUCAGUUUUUAGGUGGCAGAGACACGGUGAAGCUCUGUGUGGGGCAAGGAGAGCUGAUGGGGGAGCCUGGGGUGUGACCCAGGAUGGAUUGGCUGUGACGGCGUGCCUUAGCUGGAGAGGUAGUUACCAUGAAGAGUUCCUGCAGAGCUGGCCUCCACAGGGAACCGCUGAAUUCCACAUCCUCCACCUUCCACCAGGUCAAACGGGUCUCUGGUAUGCACUUAAAGCCAUAUCUCAAGUUACAGAAGAAAGAGCGAUCCCCAGAAAUAAGCCAGGAUUCCCUGCGAGGCCACCAGGGAUCAGCUCAAGGAGAAAAAUACACCACCUGCACCAAACUGAGCGUUUUCCCAAAACCCUCCCUCGUGACUCCAUCUCAAAAGCUUCUGGGGAUUAUUUAUCCAAAUACUAUGUGCAAUAUGAACGGGAAAGGUCCAGCGGAUGGUCCAAGUGCAAGGGAAAAGAAGAACGCCCUGUCUGCAACGAUCCACCAGGGAGAGGAAGGGGAAGGGCCUCUGGAUGUCUGGGCCGUGGUGAAACCUGGCAACACGAAGGAGAAAAUCGCGUUCUUCGCGGCCCAGCAGUGCAGCAGCACCAGCCGGGUGGGCUCCAUGAAAAUCAAGAGCACGUGGGACAUCGACGGGAGGACGGCCAAGCGCAGGAAAAAAUCGGUGGACCUCAAAAAAGCCAAAAUCCAACUGGAAAGGAUGAGGGAGGCCAAUGCCAGGUGCUCCCAGCCGGAGCCUUUUGCCUGUGGCAUCGAGCACUGCUCGGUGCACUACGGGAAUGACAGCGGAGAGGGGGCGUUCCCGGGCCGGUCCCUCUCGGUGAUAGAGAUGGUGGCUUUCCUGGAGCAGCGAGCGAGUGCUUUGCUGGUGGACUGUGCUAAAACCUGCACGGCUGCCCCUGCCACGAGGCCGAGCGCUCAGCCCAAGGGGGCCCUUCCCAGCUCCGACCCUUUUUCCUCGGCCGGGGCGUGCGAGGUGCAUGCGGAGCAGCAGGGCGAGCCCGUGCGCGUGCUGGACAUGGUGGCCAAGCUGGAGUCGGAGUGCCUGAGGCGCCAGAGCGAGCGGGAGGCCGGGAGCCUCUCCCGGAACAACAGCUUCCGCAGAAACGUCGGGAGGGUGCUUCUGGCCAACGGCACCCAGCCCGAGGGAGAGGCGGGGAAGGGGGUGCCGGGGGUUCUGGCUCAGGGGGAUGGCUUGGGGGAGGCGGGGGUGGCAGAGGCUGGAUACGGAGGUCGUUGUGGUGCUCUGGGUGACGCCGAGUCGUGGGAUGGCGGCGCCUCUGCUCGGCGGCCUUUUCCUUCGGGGCUGGAUACCCGGAUGGGGAAUGUGAAUUCGGGACUUGCUCACGCGGUGCUGGCGAUGGCAGCCGGCAGGAGCGACACUGAGACACGGAUUGAGCCUCCCAGAGCUCUGCUGUCCUCGUGUCCAGCUGCUGCUGGCAGGCUGCCACCAGAUCCCUUGCAGAGCAAAAACGCGACUGUUGAUUGUACGUCGAAGGAGCCUGUGAUUUUCCCAAAGCAGAGCCUGCAUCCUGCGAGGAAGGAGCCCUUGUGCAUCAGUAUAUCCGUCACCAAGACCGAGAAGGGGUGCAGGAAAGAGAAGCUCUCCAACUCCAGUUCUAGUGAGGAUUCACUCCCGGGGAGGCUGUUUUUCCUGCAGGAUGAGCAGCCUGCUGCUCAUGAGCAACAGCCACCACGGGAAAGUACCCAAGAGAAGCCAGGAGAAGUAGCCCAGAAUGAGGAUGAGGAUGCUUUGGCAUCCGGCAGGUUGUGUGUCAGGAGCAGUGUCCCUACAGAGCCAUCAGCCCCCUCUGUCCCUCCCUCAGAAGGGGCCUUGCAAGUACUUGACGCUUCCUGCCUGAAAAGGCAGGUUUCGCAUGACUUUCUGGAGACCAGGUUUAAAAUCCAGCAGCUUCUGGAGCCUCAGCAGUAUAUGGCCUUCCUGCCUCACCACAUCAUAGUGAAGAUCUUUGGGUUGCUCCCUACCAGGAGCCUGGUGGCCCUGAAAUGCACUUGCUACUACUUCAAGUUCAUCAUUGAGUACUACAACAUCCGGCCUGCGGACUCGCGCUGGGUCCGGGACCCCCGGUACCGGGAGGACCCCUGCAAGCAGUGCAAGAAGAAGUACGUGAAGGGGGACGUGUCUCUGUGCCGGUGGCACCCCAAACCCUACUGCCAGGCCCUGCCCUACGGGCCUGGCUACUGGAUGUGCUGCCACCGGUCCCAGAAGGGCAUCCCGGGCUGUAAGUUGGGUCUCCAUGACAAUCACUGGGUCCCCGCCUGCCACAGCUUUAACCGCGCCAUCCACAAGAAGACCAGAGGAGCGGGAACCGAAGUGGAAGAGGAAUAUUAGUGCACAUACACUUUUCCUGCGAGAUUGUUUGGGGUAGGAGGAGAUUCUCAUGCCUUGUGCUGUUUACAGUGUAUAUAAUUGUCGUGGUUAUUUUUUUUUUUUGUUUGUUUUGUUUUGUUUUCCACAGGGCUAUGAAACUGCACAUACUCAAACACAAGAGCCUUUACCUUUUAGAUUUAAGAGAGCUUUUAGUCCAUCUCUGUAAAUAACACUAUAAAAAAACCCUAAUUGUACAUACAGAGUCUACAGCUGGCUGAACAAGGUAACCCCCUACAAUGCAGCUAUCCCAGUGUUGCGGCUAUAGGUGUGUGUGUUUUUAAGUGUCUUGUUUCAAAAUCUGUAUAUUCCGCAUAAUAUAUGAAUGUUUCUGAGAAGAAACUCUAAAUAGGUAAAGGUCAACUUGUUUAAAGAAGCUGCAGACAACUUAACUGGACAACCUGAAACUUAGACUAUAGAACAGACCCAUUAUAGUAGCGUGGCAGUGGAUUUAAAAAUAAAAAAA